UUAGAGAUCUCGAUAGAAUCUUCACAUGAUGUGGAGCAGUGUGCGGAUCCAGAUGGCGAGGGACACGUCCUGUGCGCAGGUUCAGGUGGUGUAUUUGGACAGCAGCUGGGGGACUCGCCACCGGGCUCGUGGACCAUAGCCGCUUCUCCCAGACUGGACUGGCUGCCUGUCAGGCUACCCGUCAGACUGGUGAGGGUGCUCCGAUCACCCUGGAGCCAUUGGAGCAUCUCCAUACCUUCAUGCAGCGACAGCAACUGGCGCAUAAUUCUCACGUCUGCCGAUCGCACCUGCUCCUGUAAGAAAUGUAACUUACCCAGGUUUGAUGUUUCUGGGGUCCAUCCUAAAACAAAGCAGAUUGGAACAUUCACAGAAACCCCAUAUUGCAAAAGAUUCACUGAUGAUCUGGUGAGCAGCCUGGGCCCAGGUAAAUAUGAGGUGGAUGCUGGCGACCUCAGUCGGUGUGCAGUGCAGAGCGGGACAGCUGGACAGGUCUGGAGGAAGCAGCUGGGAGCUAACAUGCCUCACAUUCUCCAUCGGAGGGUAUGGACCAUCCAAUGCCAGCUGAGAGAUGCACUUGGACCUGGGAAAUACAACCUCAAAAGUUUCACUGAUGUACUGAAGGAGAAACCCAGCAGUGUGAGGGGUGUGUGUGAUUCUCGUGAGGACAGAUUCAAGGAAUAUAUAAAGAAGUGUCCGGCAGGCCCGGGGAGUUAUGGGAAAGGGGGCCUCCCCAGCAGUCUGCUGGACGAGAGGAGGGCCAGACCCACGGGCAGCUGUGCGAUCAACGCUGGAGUGGAGCGGUUCCCAGAGAGACCAGUGGACUGUGGUUUGUACCCUGGCACGUACAAGAUGAAGUCCUUCACUGAGUUAAUCCUGCAGCACCAUGUCGGUAAGAAAGGGCCUUAUGAAAUAUUCACAGGCCGAAGAGACAAACCCAUCAACUCUGGAUACUUUGCAGCUCCGAGAACAGCUACUGUGAAUCCAGGACAAUUCUUCCUGCCACCCAUGUUUGGCGACGGGCUCAAGAAGCAGAGGCAACAUGGCAAAUUUGGCCAAAUGGAGCGCUUCCCCACCGUGCCGAGCGAACGCAUCUACCACAGCACACUGGCACAGAGACCUGAACCAGCAAACCAGCCUGGUCCUGGCCCUAGUGACUACAUGAUCGCUCCACUCUCCCGGGUGGAGAAUAGUAAUCCACCCCCGUUCUUCUCCCCCACGCGUCGCUUCGGCCCGAUGCUUGGGAAGCCGAUGCAGGGCAACUCUUGUAUAGUGGGCCCAGGCCGCUACAACAUCUGCCAAAAAGUAUCAAAGAAUCACAAAAAAGGAAGUACUGCUUUCAAGUCACAGACAAAGAGAUACUUGGACAACAUAGACCAGGACAUCUUUGGCCAGGAGAAACUGAGGCCAUUCAACAUCCCAGCUGAGCAGAGGCCCUAUCACAGGCGUCCGGAUGAGGCUGUGACAUGUUCUACGGCUGCCUUUUAGGCUGAAUACCCACUCUGUGCACGAUAAAUGUUUGAAAUCUA